CAUAUUUUAUGUCUUAACGUGAUCUCGACGGAUGUGUUAAGCUGUUAUACCGUCGAGAGAAGUCCUGGGUUGGGAUGUUGGCGGCGGAAAACUCAUCUGUAGACGGACAUUUGUCAGCGUCGACUCCCCGCAGAAGAGGAAUGGAUUGCAAGUCAAAUAAUAAUGCCAACAGGAAACUAAUCCAAGCUUGUCUCCCUUUUAAGCGCCUGAACACUGAACCAAAAGAAAACCAGCCUCCUAAGCGCCCCUGUGCCAAUGGCUGCCCUGAAGUCACCAACAGGCAGACUGAGAAUGAGUUGUCUCCUCUCUCAGAACGCAGCAGACCACCUCUGGUUAAUGGUCGCGGCCCGCUGGAUGGCUUCCUGAGACGCAAACACCCAGCAUCCUCAGAUGCCAACAUGAUUAUUGAUCUGACCGAGGACAAGAGUUCAUCCCCCGUGAAGUGCCUUGUUUCGCCUCCUCCUACCUCCCCUUGCCCUCCAACUAAAGACAAGCAUCACUGCAAAGACAGAACAAGCAAUCCUGGGAAAUGCAUCAGUGUUAAUAAUGCUGCUAAAACGUGCACUGUAGACUGUGUUAUUACUGAUGAAGAAGAGAAGGAGAAAGAGAACAAUCGCGCACAGUCUGACUCCCAGCUUGACGCAACGCAGGAUCAUGACAGCGAGUCAGAGGAGCAGAACGAGUCUAUAAAUGUUUCCAGUUUGGGAAACGGGUCGACACAGUCUCCUUCAUCAGUCAGCUCCAUGUCUGAAAGCUCACCGGACAAAGCAAAAACUGAUGACUCAACACCUAUAGAGGCACAAACCACCCCGAAGAUCCCAGCAGAACAGAAAAAACUCAAAAGAUGCUCAUUGAAGAGUGUACAAGUACAAGAGGAGAGGCUGCGACUGCGACAGGAGAAAGAACGCCAGAAGGAGGAAGUCAAAGCUGCAAAGCAGAGGCAGAAAGAGGAGGCUCGCAAACUAAAGGAGGAGAAAGAAAGGGAAAAACGAGAAAAAAAGGAGAAGGAAGAGAAGGAAAAGGCUGAAAGGUUAAAAGCAAAAGAGGAUCUGCGGAAAUCUAAGCUAGAAGCCAAACUGGAAGAGAAACGUAAGAAGGAGGAGGAGAAAAGAGUAAAGGAUGAGGAAAAACGUUUGAAAGAAGAGAAGGAUCGUCUGAAAGCUGAGAAAGCAGAAAUUACACGGUUUCUCCAGAAAUCAAAAAUCCAACAGACGCCAAAGACACUUGCAGCAGCGUGUGGAAAGUUUGCUCCAUUCGAGAUUAAAGAGAACAUGUCACUGGCACCGCUGACUCGGGUCCAAUGUGAGGAGUCGGUUCUGGAAAAACUGGAUCUGUGUUUGUUACAGCCAGCCGAAAAUUCAAAUGGACUUUCAGAUUGGAUCAAACAAAAACCCAGACGAUCAGGACCCAUCAGAACCAGACAGGCGCGCUCUCUCAGGGACUGUGUAAUAGUUGAAGAGUCAAAACCAGAAAACAUACCAGACCAAAAAUGCUACGGUGCGAUGAAGCUGCUGCAGUUCCAUGAAAACUACCGUCCAGCAUACUGGGGCACCUGGAGUAAAAAAAGUUCACAUAUCUCACCUCGGUGCCCCUUCAGACAAGACAUGGAUAUAUUUGACUAUGAGGUCGACAGUGAUGAAGAGUGGGAGGAAGAUGAACCAGGAGAGUCUUUGUCUCAUAGUGAAGGAGAAGAUGAAGACGGAGGUGAUGAUGAAGAGGAUGACGAUGAUGGCUUUUUUGUUCCUCAUGGCUAUCUCUCAGAUGAUGAAGGGGCCCUGGAGGAAGAGGAGGGUGGGGACCUGGAGAAACAAAAGAUGCGACAGACGCUUAAAGCCAGAGAGUGGGACGAGCUGAUGUCCAGCAAGAAGAUGAAGGUGCUGGAACCUGUAGUGAGAGGCUGCAUCUGGGAGGGAGAAGGACCGGGUUUAGAAGCCUUGCAGCUUCAUGCUGUGUGUCUGGUGGAGCCGUUACCCACAGCAGACUCCAGUCCCAGUCCAGAGGAGCUGUUGCAGAAAGGUCUCAGAGAAGAGCAAUUGCUUGGCCAGCUGCUCCCUCUGCUACAUGGAAAUCCCAACAGCAGCAAAGUGAUCAUCAACGAGUUUCAGGAGUUCCAUCGUCGACAAAACUCCUCAUCACUUUCUGAUCCGUCCAGUCCUCAGAGCUCAGCAGAAAAUAUUCCCACCAGAAUUCAGCUGAAGCGUCUCAUUAAGAAGAACGCUGUCUAUGAGAAGCGCUCGUCCUUCAGGCGGUGCUGCUGGUACGUGCACACAGAGGUCCUGUCUCAAUUUUGCUUGGAGCAUCUCCCCGUUCCCUGCCAGUGGACCCACGUCACAAUGGGAGCUCGAGAGGAGUCUCGUGAAGAAGCCCAGGCAGCCACAGGCUCUCGGGGAAACUCCCCCACAGCACCUCAUACAUCUGCAGUUCACUCAUCCCACAACAAGAGGAAGAGCACCGGCAGCCUGCCAAUCACCAAGUUCAUGAAGAGAUUUACUUCCUCUGAGCAGACUGAAGCAGAUGGUUUUCAGGCUGACACUGAGGAAGACUGUAAUGAAGACUGCGUCAUCAUCUCUACACAAAGUGGUACCAAAAGAGAGGACCCCUCUGAGGGAGAUGGUCUGAUGGAGGUCACCCCCUCGGCUUCAGAUGCAGUCUCUUCGGCCUGAGGACCGAUGAGACUUUUCACCAGAACCACACUGAUUAUAUUUUCCCAUUAACGCACCCGACCUGGUGCUAAACUCUGCGAUCAAAACCGAGUCCUCAAGAAAAAAGAAGCACCCUGCAUGAAACAAAAGCACAUCAGUCUUGGUAUUUUGACUCAUCUCACCCCUCCCUAUGCUUUUUGUUUCAAAACAUUUGAUUUAAA